AUGUGGCCAUGGGCGGCGCUGGUGCUGGUCGCGCUCUACUUGCAUCCGGCCGCGGCGGCGUCGGCCGAUACUGUGGCGGCGGCGUCCUACAUUGUGCACAUGGACAAGUCGGCCAUGCCGGGGGUGUUCUCGAGCCACCUGCGCUGGUAUGAGUCCACGCUCGCCGCAGCCGCCCCGGGAGCGGACAUGUUCUACGUCUACAACCACGCUACGCCCGAGUUCCUCGGCCUCGGUGUCGGCGCGACCGGGGGAAUAUGGGAGGCGUCCGAGUACGGCGAGAACAUGAUCAUCGGCGUGGUGGACACGGGCGUGUGGCCCGAGAGCGCGAGCUUCAGCGACGACGGGCUCCCCCCGGUGCCGGCACGGUGGAAGGGCUUCUGCGAGUCCGGCCCGGCGUUCGACGCGGCCAAGGCGUGCAACCGGAAGCUCGUCGGCGCGCGCAAGUUCAACAAGGGCCUCAUCGCCAACUCCAAUGUGACCAUCGCAGUCGACUCCCCGCGAGACUCGGAAGGCCACGGCACGCACACGUCAUCCACGGCGGCCGGCUCGCCCGUGUCGGGCGCGUCCUUCUUCGGCUACGGGCAAGGCGUCGCUCGCGGCAUGGCGCCCCGCGCCAGAGUGGCGGUGUACAAGGCCCUGUGGGAGGACGGCGCGUACGCUUCCGACAUACUCGCCGCCAUGGACCAGGCCAUCGCCGACGGCGUCGACGUGCUCUCCCUCUCCCUUGGCUUCAACGGCCGGCAGUUACACGAAGACCCCGUCGCUAUUGGCGCAUUCGCGGCCAUGCAGCGCGGCGUCUUCAUGUCAACCUCGGCCGGUAACGACGGGCCGGAUCCCGGGUACCUUCGGAACGGCUCGCCGUGGGUGCUCACCGUCGCGGCGGGCACGGUGGACCGGGAGUUCUCUGCCGUCGUCCGGCUCGGCGAGGGCACGACCUUGGUUGGCGAAUCGCUGUACGCCGGAACCCCACACAGACUCGGAAACGCCGGGCUCGUGUUCCUCGGCCUGUGCGACAACGACACGGCGCUCGCAGCGAACCGCGGCAAGGUCGUCGUCUGCGACGUGCCGUACAUCGACGCCCUGACCCCCGCGAUAUCGGCGGUGAAAGCCGCCAAGGUGCGCGCAGGGCUGUUCCUGUCCAACGACACGUUGAGGGAGCUAUACGAGAACUUCCCAUUUCCGGGCGUGAUCCUGAAGCCGCAGGGCGCCCACGCGCUGCUGCACUACAUCCAGAGGAGCCGCACGCCCAAGGCCUCCAUCAAGUUCGCGGUGACCGUGGUGGACACGAAGCCUGCGCCGCAGGUGGCGACCUACUCGUCGCGCGGCCCAUCGCGGAGCUGCCCCACGGUGCUCAAGCCCGACCUGCUCGCGCCCGGCUCGCUCAUCCUCGCCAUCGUCACCGACGCAGGGACGCAGUCGCCGCUGUUCAGCAAGUUCAACGUCAUCUCCGGCACGUCCAUGUCGUGCCCACACGGCCACACGCGUCAGGCGUGGCGGCGCUGCUCAAGGCCGUGCACCCGGAAUGGAGCCCCGCGGCAGUGCGGUCGGCGAUGA